UCGACAGUUUGAAAUUUUUUUUAAGCAUCACCACAAGCGACUCAGUAUUAGCCCGAAACUGUAGCGGCACAGAACGGUUCGGUUCAAAAAUACUGUUCUCGACAAUCUCGAAGUCAGUGCCUUAGCGUUUUCUUUUUUUUGCAAUGGAGUGAAACGGCUGCAAAUAUAAUUUUCCUAUACCGCAUAAAAAAAAAGAAAUUGUGUCUUAUUGCGAUUAUUGCAUUCCUAAAUCAAUGUCUAUUGUUAUGCAAAUUAAGGUGUUUUGUAUUUAAUAGCAACAGAAAUCAACAACAACAACACUAAUAAAAUCCAAUAAAAUGAAGUCUGCAUCAAAACAAAAUAUCAUAGACUCUACGUCUUCGCUGGGUGAUUUGUCAGGUAAAGAGUUGGAUUCCAGCCCAAAAUAUGACGACAACUAUGACCCUCAUGAUCAUCGCAAUGUGAAGAAUCCCACUACAAAUUGGCAAACAUUUACUCAUUUUCUGAAGGCCAGUAUAGGCACUGGGGUGCUGGCCAUGCCCAGUGCCUUUGCCAAUGCCGGUUAUGUGAAUGGUUUUGUGAUGACAGCAAUUAUAGGAUUUCUAGCCGUACAUUGUUUGCAUAUAUUGAUUGGCUCCAUGUAUGAACUGUGCAAACGAAAACGAGUACCGUAUUUGACAUUUUCAGAGGCCAUGACAUUGGGAUUCCGCGAAGGACCUCCGUUUUUUAAGUGCAUCGUACCUAUUGCCACUCCCUUUGUGGAUGGUUUCUUAGCCUUUUAUCAUUUCGGCAUCUGCUGCGUCUAUGUGGUCUUCAUUGCGGAGAGCAUCAAACAAAUUGUCGAUGAGCAUUUGGCCGUCAUCGAUAUUCGAAUCCAUAUGUGUUUCGUAUUGGUGCCAUUGUUCCUGAUAUUCAGCAUACGAAAUUUACAAUUAUUGGCCCCAUUCUCUUCGUUUGCCAAUAUCCUUUUGCUGGUCGGUUUUGGUGUGAUUUUGUAUUACAUCUUUGAUGAUUUGCCACCAUUGUCGGAGCGUAAACCAGUCGAGGCAAUAUCCAAAUUGCCCAUAUUCUUUGGAACAGUGCUGUUUGCUUUGGAGGCUGUUGGUGUGAUAUUGGCAAUUGAGGAGAAUAUGGCUACACCUAAGUCAUAUGUCACACCGUGUGGUAUUAUGAAUAUAGGCAUGACCAUUGUGUUGGGUUUAUACAUCAUCUUAGGAUUUUUUGGCUAUUGGCGCUAUGGCGAUGGUGCACUAGGCAGUGUAACUUUAAAUAUUCCACAAGAAGAAAUUUUGGCUCAAGUCACAAAAAUUCUUUUUGCCGUUACCACUUGGAUAUCCUAUGCACUGCAGGGUUAUGUUACAGCCGAUAUCAUUUGGAAUAAAUAUCUCUCGAAACGCGUAAGCGAUACAUCGAAACAUACGCUUUAUGAAUUGCUCAUACGAGCCCUCAUUGUAGUGUUAACAUUUGGCUGUGCCGUGGCAAUUCCAGAUUUAUCACUUUUCCUUUCGCUGGUCGGCUCGUUCUGUUUGUCGAUAUUGGGUUUAAUAUUCCCAGCCUUGCUGCAAAUUUGCGUGCAAUACCGCACCGGCUAUGGACCAUGGAAGAUAACAUUAAUGAAAAAUUUAUUUUUGGUGGCAUUUGGUGUGCUGGGCGGUGUGGUGGGAACGUAUGUUAGCAUUACGGAAAUUGUUGACGCAUAUAAAAAAUAAAACCAGAAUAAAAGCCAACAAAGCAA